AUGAUCCCUCCUUGUGACCCCUCGGUUCUUGAGCACAACCCUCAAUUCAAACGACUAUAUGAGAACUUAACAGCCUCUCUCCUUAAUCCAGAUGCCUCAACGCGAGCUCAAAGCGCGAGCCCAGCACGCACAGCUGUGGUGGAAGAGCUGAAGCAAUGCCAAACUCAAAAUACUAAAAAGCGAAUCAAGGAGCAAAUGCUCCGGAAAUUGGCCUUCGCCCCAGACAGCAACCUACCCGCGGAGUGCCAUGAUAACCUCGCUAUAAUCACCCUCUACCUGGAGACUCCAUCCAGCGUAAUCGAACUCACCGACCCAAAGCCAGAAACCGAGCCCAAGAAACUAGACGAAGCACUCUCCCUCCUAGCACCCGACAUCGAAGCCUUCUACACCAAUAUACCCGCCUUUAUCCUGCCUUUCUCCAAAUCCCUUUCAUCCGCUGUUCAGGACCUACGCGCUCUGUCAACCGCAAACACAGACCCGGUCACCGCGCCCGACACCGACGCCCUCCCACAGCACUCGAACCACAAUGCACGCGCCCGAGCGCGCGACCGACGAGUCCGUACCUCGAUGGCACCCACCCCACCGUUAUCGUCACAGCUACAGGCGCGGGUUCGUGCGCUGCGCCACACACAACUGUCUGAGCUGCCAAUCGCUCGGCGCAAGAUGGCUGCUACGGCGGCGGAGGUAGUUGCCGUACGAGCGCAAGUCCUGGAGCGCACUGUCGUGAUUCUGGAGCGGGCAAAGCAUGGGGCUUUGGCACGUGCAACGAAAGCCAAGGCGGAGCAUCUGGCUGUUGUUGCUCAGAGCGUGGAGGGGAAAUUAGAGGUUACAAAAUUAGAAAUUGCGGCUACGCUCUAUACGCCAGAAACACUUGCUGCUCUUGCUCGGUAUAGGCAGCAUUUGAGACAGACUAAGGAGCGUUUACACCACCGUCGGAAGAUGACAAUCCAGGAGCUGAGAGCUUUUGGUGAUGUGGAGAUGUCUGACUUGGCUACUGAUAUUCCCGUGGAUGAAGGGACUUUCGAGGAUAUUGCUCGUCGGUAUGGGGUUUUGGCGAAAGAGGUUGAAGAAGUAAAGAUGGAGAUUGCGCGAUUAGAGAGAUGA